GCUCUCUGUUUUUUUUUUUCUCUGGUCGCCGAUUCAUAUUUCCCGGCCGGUCAACGAGGAUCUAAUUUUAAUUCUUUUCUUCUCCGUUUUAUUCAGGUCCUCACUCUCUGUGUCCAAAUCAUAGUCAUAUUUUUGGGCCAGUUGGAGAAGGCGGUGCUGCCUAAGCCCGGGGAAUGCACUAGCUGUCUAGCUCCGAACCAGCUGCCGCCGCUGCUGCUACGAAGAACUAAUUACCAGUCGUUGCGAUCAGUACUUUGUGUUCCGUCUCUUUUCUCCCACUAGUAUCCAGAAGCUAGCUAGUGAAUAGUAUGUAAUUAACAUGUGGUCUUCUUUAUUAAGAAGCUCCCCGAUCUCUGUUUUCGAUUUGCUUUCCUUUCGUGUCUAGGGUUCUUGUGGGCGUGCUCUAGAUUAAUAGUUUUUGCAUCUAUGGGCCCGGUCGGCAGGUGUUUAAUGUAGUCGCUGCAAUGCAUUUAUCAUUGCCAAUGUCAUGAACAAUGUGAUUACUGUGUGUUUAACAUGUUAGUCUCAAAGAUGCAGGCUUUGCCUGAUGUGUAUAUUACUUUGAUUUCAUGGGAAGGAGUCGGUCGUGAUGCCUAUUAGCUGUUUGAUGAAAUGUGCCUGAGAAGCACCCCACCUACUUGUCUGGGUGGUCGUGGGACCUUUUGAAAGCAGCGUUGUUGGCUGAGCAUAGAGUGAGCAAUUGAAAGGCACGUCAUCGUCAUUACUUUGAUUGUUAAAUCGUAUCUUGUUGAUGGUGAGACCGAAAAAAUACUUCAUAAAGAGUCCUUGUAGAGGUGGAAUUUUGUCGAUAUAAAAUAGAUAAACCAUGGUUAAUUUAAAUCACGAUUCAAACAAGAAAAACUACUUGAUUCUUACUUGAUAACGGACUGAAAAACUACUUGUCUCGAGGGUUUGUUUUACCGUUGUGCUCAGUUGCAAAUCAACUAAUUAGUCAAUGGGUACUGGUUCAUUCGCAACGAAAUAAGGCAUCAUCACAUUUAUUAUGAUAUAAAUUCUAGUAAGCGCAGGUAUCCACUUUCCCCAAUCAGCUGGAAUUCAGAGUUUUAGUUCCUUAUUUAGGUCAGUUCAGCUCCCGAAUAAAAUCUCACAAACAGCCAAAAAGACAAAGGACCAACAUAUUACUACAUACCUGCAUGCAAUUGAUUAAAACCUUCUGACAUACGCUACGCUGGCUGGCUGGCUGGCGGGCGAUAAAGACCAAAUCAACCCUGCCUGCCACCUGUCUUCUUCGCUUUUUUAACGCUUUCUGGUGGAUUUCUCCCCCCUUUAUAAUCGAAACGAACCAGGUGAACGAGAGCUAGUAAAAAAGUUUGUUCUGGCUUCAUUAUUGUUCGAAGGGAAGAGAGACUAGAGAAGAGAGAUAGAGAGAGGCCUUUUUUCUUUCAUUUUCGCAGCGAGCGAGAUCAACAAUGGUGUCGUGGACGCGGGUUUGGAAGGGGAGUCUGAUAGAUCUUGUGAAGAUGGCUGUCUACUGUGGCGCGCUCUUGCUCGCUAGCGAAGGCCACCGCCGCUAUUCCUUUGCCUACGGUCUCCUCCUCACCAUUGUCGUAAUGAUCUCCGCCCAAGCGACCAACCACUACUUACAGGGACUCAAAGGGAAGUGGCAGGGCCCUCGUCAGCCCCUGCCGCCGGCGAAAGACGCUACUGCGGAGCAGCUUAAUCAAAAUUAGUAGCAGUAGCUUGUGUUGACUGUUGUUAAGAAAACUCGGACUCGUUCUCAGUUUUUAGAUCCCUCCUUAGUUGGCUAUUAAUGUUUAGUACCUAUGUGGGUUCUUAAUUUGUUGAUGGGGUUUCAUCCAUGAACUCAGUAAUGUAAUGGGCUAAUGGCUGCCUAGCUAGCUUGCCCUCUUUGUUAUGUGGGUAAUCCUCUCCCUUUAGAUGCGUUGAUGAAAUGGCUUUUGAGAAAGAAAGUAUCCCACGACAACGACCCUGGAUCCGCCUGCUAUACCUAGGCCAAGUCACGCUCACUGAGUAAAACAAAACAAAAAAGUGCUUUUAAU